UACCUAUUUAUUUUUGAUGGGUGGAGUUCUGUGGAGUGUUCACAGUAAAUCUCUUGCAGCAAUAGUUUAUAGGUCCUAGUGUGUGCCAUGUGUUCUUCGCAUUUACGUCAUUUAUGAACAUUAUUUUGUGAUUAUGAAUUAUUUACACUUCGCCCUUCACUGCAUUCGUGGUUGCCAUGAAAACGUGUUCAUACAAACAUAAUGGAGUUACAAAGCAGACCUACUUCAAGUAGACAUUUAUAUAUUUUUUUUAUGAAUUCAUUUCGCUUUCUAAAUAAUGGCUAACAGUGCAAGUGCAAGCUCAAAUGAAAAAUCCCUUCAAAGGAGAAAAAGCUGUGACACAGUAUGUUCGUCAAAUUCCAGUUGUUUAAUGCAGAAACGUAAGCAAGUGCAUCCUCUUGCUGCAUCUUUAGUAACUUACGCACCACGAAAUACCUCAGUGCAGCAACGUGUGCUUUCUGCUCGGCUAUUGAAGCUGAGGUCCCUCCAGAAUAAGUUAAACGACGCCAAUUUUCAUGUGGCCGAACUACAACAAGAAAAUCGCGCUUUGAGAAACCUACAAAGUAGACAAGAUAAAGCGUUAUCGAGGUACGAAGGCACGAAUGCUGAUUUGCCAAGAUUGCUGAAAUCUUACGAAGAAGAUAUUCGAGUUUUAGCUACAAAAAAUAAGGCACUACGAAAAACUAUAAAAGACGUCAGUGACCAACUGAAAACCAAAGAUGAAGAAUUGGCGAAUGUUCGCAUGCAGCUAAGAAGUUUGACGGUGCUUACAAAAAAUAAGCAUCUCGGUGAGAGACAGAUGUUAACCGACCAAGUUGAGGAUCUGAAAGAGAAACUGAAAGGUAGUGACGAGCAGAUUAACCUAUUAAACAGGAAGAUCCUGCUGGAGUCUAAGAAUUACAAAACUAAAUUGAACGCGGAAGUGAUGAAAAGUAAACAAAGACAAAAAGAACUUUCACACGCACUUUCUGAAAUUGAUCGGCUUAAUGGGCUACUAGAGGGAAGCUCCAAACAUGGAACGGUAACCGAAAUUAAAGAUCACAAGCGAUUUUCUAGUAAUAAUCGACAAACUGUCUCCCUUACUAAUCUGAUAAAUGACAGAAUGAAGCCUAAACUAAAUUCAUUGAUGAAGGAGAAAUUGAAGGACUUUGAAAACGGCGACGAAUCCGAACUUAAACUGGAACCCAUUGCGACCACAGAAACAAAGGUGACAUUUUCGAGCGAGGUAACAAUGGUGUCGCCUAGUGAAAAUAUUAGAGCAAGAUUAUCAGCGAAUCUCGGCAAAGAAAUCGAUCAUCUAAGUAAAUCAGUCGAAGAACUAAGCUUGCCAGAUGAAGACAAUCACUUCCUUACAGUAAAACGUAAGCUUUCCGGUAGCAAACUGGAAAAGUUUCCGUCUUCGGAUAUUUUCGAUAAGAAAUUCGAUGAGGUAAAAAAGGAGCAAGACAUUAAUAAACGUCUAGGGAACUGUUGCACCGAUAUACGAUCGACGGUUGUCGAUUGUAGCGCGGUCGUUAAGAAACACCAAGAGGAUUACGCACAGGUGCACAACGAAACGGAAAAACUCCUAAGAGAUUUACACGAGACCGACGUCUUGAAUUCCAAAUUGCGCUGCUCGAAGUUUUUAAAUGCAGACAAGAUCGAAAUACCGGAAAAGGAUUUCGAAAUCGCAAACGAAAUUUGGGAAAACGAGUACAGCUUUCGGACGGAGUUGAUAAAACAGAACGGUGAUGGCGACGGUAAAUCUCAGUCGGAAUUAGGGGACGACAUUGGCGCAGACAAGAAGAAUAAAUUGUUAGCCACUUUACGCGCGAUCGACAAUAAUAACGAAAUUGACGAAUACUCCUUUCCAAGCCCAUCGAGUAAAUCUCACAAAUUCUCUGACGAUUAUUUUGACAGUUUGAAGUGAGAGUGUUGGAUUUAAUUAUUACCACUUUAUAACUAUAUCUCUAAUUUUUAUUAUAUAUGUUUUUGUACAAAUUUUUACACAUAAAUAAUGUAUAAUUCGAAUUAUUAUUUAUAUUUGAAAUGUUUAUUUGUUGUUACUAUUGGUUACUUAGUAUAGUGGAUUAAUUUUUAAAUAUUUUGAUGAUAUAUUACUGUUUGAUGAUAUUGUUGUAUAUGUAUUAAAAUCAAAGUGGAGAUUCCUUGAAAGUGCGAAU